AUGACACCAAAUGCAAUCAUCAACAACAGCGAAAACGUAAAUCAGACAACAGAACCCCUUGACCACGUUGAACUACCUGCGGAUACUUGGAUUUGUUCCAUCCAAGGAUGCGGAAAAACCAUAUACAAAGCUAGUUCGAAACGCUCGAAAGAAGCCAUUCUCGACCACUCACUCGUCCAUGCUGAGGACACCCAAACCAAGCUAAACCUUGUAUUCGCGGAACAACGCCAUAAUAUCAACGUCUCUGUUAGCCAUCUUGUCAGUCGCAUUCGGGAUUUUGGUGCUCACCAGGAAUCAGUGGGGACAUCUGAUAAGCCGGAGUUCCGCGGGCCAACUUCUCCAAAAAAAAUUAAGCUAUGA